CACGCAUUACUACGAUGUGUGGCACAUGGAAAAAGGACCAGAACAGCAAAGUGGAUGUCCAUUCUGAACCACGUCCGGGACAUCCACAACCAUGAAGAUCCUGUUUUCCCCCAGUGUUUGCAUCCAACCCGCACUUCAAGGGACAAGAGCAAAUGGUUGACAACAGGAACACCAGCCUUCUGCAGGAUGGAGAAAGUGCUGAGCAACAAGAGGGUCCUCAAAGAUGUGGGGAAGCUGAGCCCUCAUUACCAAACCUCAUCUCUUGAGUCUUUUCACAGCGUCAUCCUACGCUUUGCGCCCAAGAAUGUAGUCUUUCCUUUUCUUGGAAUGCUGUGCAGACUAUACCUGGCAGCCCUGCACUUCAAUGAAAAUGCAGACCGUCCACAGGCAACAACCUCAGCUGGUGAGCCGCUGUUCAGGCUUCAUUUUCCAAAGUGGAAGAAAGGAGAAUGCACAGCAAAGCCAGUGAAGCAACCAACCUUCCAUUACGUGGAUGAAAUCUUGGACCUGGUGUUUGAGAAGGUUUUUCCGGACCCUGGUCCAUAUACAGAUGAGGUGUUGAAGAUCUCCAUUCCUGAGGAUCUCACUGCACAGUUCGAAAGGCCGGACAAGAAGGAGGUGAUAGACCACUACGUGACGAGGUUCAGUCAAGGGCCGGUCUGA